UGCAGUACUAAGUGUAAUUGGAAAAUUGUCGAGAGUUUAAAUUGUCUAAAUUAAAGCUUGUACAAAGAAUCGAGAGAUAUAUACUUACACAGAAAACUAAUAAUUCUUCUAUAUAGAAAUUAAAGAUUGUGCUUGAAUAUAAAAGCCUGAGGACUUCUCGAAGAAUCGAGAGAAAACGCUCGGCUUGAAAUAUCACUUUUAAUUAGCGUGCCGCGCGACUGAAUGCCGCGCGCACACGAUUAAAAUUUCAUUUAUUUUGAGACGGACGCUCAAUAUCGGGACCGCGCCGCCGACCACGAGUGCUAUCAUUGGCGCUUUUGCGUCAAUCGAUUUUUUUUCAUUAUUAUUACCGCUUAUCGCGCGGCUUACAUAGUGGCUGGCACUGAUGAAUUGUCCCGUCGACGAGACCAGACAUUUAGAGCUCACGAGAUCUUCGUAGAGUCGACGCCAAGGACGUCGCAGCGUCUAUUUCUGCGGCGUGCGAAGCGAAAAGUGUCCCGCCUCUUCGACUGACCGGAGAAGAGUGCUGAAGAGCCGGAAUCCGCGCUCACGACUGCCGACUUUCGAGAAAGUGAAGUGAUAAGGAAGAAGACACUCUUCAUACAUAAUUCGUCUGCAAUUGAUUUUCGUCGGAAGUUAAGUUAACAUUUAUAGGACACAUUGUGAUAACACAAUUUAUUCGUGUAUAACGGUGCGUCUCAACGAGAUUUUUUUUUAUUUGUUUCUGCGAAGAUGCUAACGUUAUAAAUAUAACUUUGGAGCUCUGUGAAGCAAUAUAUACAUAUAAUACGAUAAAAUUAUCGUAAAACGAAAGAGCGCGAUACCGCGUGAAGAGUUACAUCGAUAUAUAACUCAUAAAAUAUACAUCAACGUGAAGAAGAUUGCGGAGAGAUACCUGUUAACAUUCCAACAUGUUCCUCAACGAGACCAUGAUGGUGCUGGCGUACACAGCCAACAUGAUGGUUAACAUGCCCGAGAAGACAGAUUCGGGGAAUAUUAGCGAAGCUCAGAAUAUCUCCACCACGACCCUGUCGCCGGUGGAGAUGGAGAACAAAUUCGAUUUGGACGAUCAAUGGUACAUGUGGCGAUGCUACGAUCCGUACGGCUGCUUCUAUAUCGGACCACCCUGGUCCGGGGAGAAUCGACCGGUUUCCACAUUUCCAGUUCGUCCGGACAACAUAAACCCUCGUUAUAUACUUUAUACACGUGAACAGGUCGAGAAGCCUUACGAGUUGAAGAUCGAUGACUUCGAGACGAUUCAGAAAUCGCCCUUGAACAAGAAAAACAAUUUGUACUUUAUUAUCCACGGAUUCCUGGACAAUGGUGACAAAACGUGGGUGUUGAGAGUGAUGAAGGAGCUGCUUGUUCGGGAGGAUUGCAAUGUGUUGAUCGUCAAUUGGCUCGCAGGCGCUGGGCCACCCUACACCCAGGCGGUGGCGAACACGCGGCUGGUGGGCGCUAUGACGGCACGCCUGGCGGCACAGCUGAUCGAGGUAGCGGGAUUAUCACCCUCGAGGAUGCACUGCAUCGGGCAUAGCCUUGGGGCCCAUACCUGUGGUUACGUCGGAUACAAUUUGCAGUCCGACAGUAGAUAUCGCUACAAAUUGGCGCGGAUAAUAGGUCUUGAUCCAGCGGAGCCGCAUUUCAGCAACACACAUCCGAUGGUUCGAUUGGAUCCGACGGAUGCCAACUUCGUUACAGCCUACCAUACUGACUCAAACUUGUUCAUCAGCGGUGGUCUAGGCAUUAUGCAUCCAGUGGGACAUAUCGAUUUCUAUCCUAACAGUGGACGUAAUCAGCCUGGCUGUAAUGAAGGCGUGCUCAAUUCUAUUACCUUGGAACGCGGCAGUUUUUUUCGCGGCAUAAAGCGAUUCCUUGGUUGCAAUCAUAUCAGGAGUUACGAGUACUUCAUUGAGAGCAUAAAUUCGCCCUGCCCGUUCAUAGCCGUGCCAUGCAACUCCUGGGACAAGUUUCAGCAGGGCGGUUGUUUCGACUGCGUGCACCAGUAUUGCCCAAGAUUCGGACUGGACGCGCAGCCCGGAAAUUACCAUGCUUCUGUGUACCUGAUGACUGGAUCUGACAAGCCGUUCUGCAAGGCCCACUACAAGGUGACGAUAAACAUCUCGAAGACGGACGAGAGUCUGUCGCACGGCGGUGAGGUUGGCAUGUUCGUCGUGAGCGUCAUCGGCACGAACGGCAAGAGAACCGAGAGGAUGCAGCUCAGCUCGACCUCGAAGUACUACGAGCCCGGCAGCACGCACACGAUCGUGCUGCCCGGUGACGUCGUCGGGAAGCCGCACUCGGUGGAGAUCACCUGGGAGUACCAGACCUCGGUCUUCAAUCCGCUCACGUGGCGGCUGCUUACAACGCCGCGUGCCUACAUCGACUCGCUCGUUGUAAAGAAUCUGGAGACCGAUCACGAGGUCACCUUGUGUCCGGACAGUACGAAAACAUUGAUCGCUAACCAACCCAAGAUCCUGACCACGGAGAACUGCCGCGACACGGAACGCAACACUAUUUCCACAUGAAGGACCAACGAUGAAAUCAACGCGUGUCUCACCCUCUCUCACACAAUCAAGGAUUGAAUCUCAUUGACAUAAUUUUGAAACUAAUAUAAUAUUUCGUUGAACGUACAUAAUUGGAUUUCGCGAGCGACAACCAAAAUUAAUCUCUGUAUACGCUUGUCAUCGAGGUGAACUUCGUCCUGUCCGUAGCGUGAAAACUUAACACAAAAUUUAACAAAUCGCUGAAAUUAUACUAGUUUCAAAUUGUGCUCGCAACGAGAUGGACGAGAAAAGUCGACGACUUGCUCGUUAAUCGAAAUAAGACUCAUUAACUCGCACGAAGGUAAUUGCAACGAUGGCAUUUGGAGGCUGCAGAGAUUCUUCUACUCUUUCUCAUAUAGAAGCCGCGGAUAAAGAAAAAGAGUGGAUAAUCUAAUGGUGAUAGUC